AUGAAAGUCACUGGCAGUCACAGAAGCACCAUCUGCAUCGCGAUUGCUCUCUCCCUGAUAGUGAAUCUGCUUCUUCUACCAGUCACUGAAUCAGCGCAAUGCAAAGCAUGGCUCGCCCAAUCAAUCCCCACCGACAUGCCCGGUCUUCCUCGUGUCCCUGGCGUCCUCUCCACAGGGGAUGUGCUUAAAUGGUUGGCGUCGAACUCAACAGAGAGACUGGACGUAAUUGCUCAGUACUGGCAGUUGGUAGCUCACCCUGAAGAUCCUCGCUCUGGGGAUUUUGGGUACUCAAAAGAGGAUUUGCAGAGAUUUGGAGCUCAGGAAGGUGCUUCUGUUUAUAGCGCCUUGGAAAAUGCUGCAGAUCGCAAUGUUACUAUCAGGCUACUUUCACACUCAGGUGUAUAUCCUGACUAUACCACAGAACCAACCAACCUUGCCUCAGGAAGGCCUAAUGUAAAGAACGUGACUUUACUGCUUAGUGAUUGGUGGGGAUCAGGCAUAGUCCAUACCAAAGUCUGGAUAUCGGAUCUACGAGAUGUCUAUAUUGGAUCAGCAAACAAUGACUGGAAAUCUCUCACACAAGUGAAGGAACUUGGAAUUUACUUGGUUGAUUGUCCAAAAAUAGCCAGAAAGGUUGAGACCUACUUUGACAACCUAUGGAAGCUUGCGUCUCUUAAUUCUACAGCUCACACAACAACUGUAUCAGAUCAACAGUGGCAGAUCGAUAGACAAGUUCCUUGCUGGUCACAUUUUGUGGAGUAUAAAGCGAGGUGUAGUUCACCUCUUCCUGGAUCUGUGGAGACUCACCAUGUAGCAGGAUAUCCUAUACUGUCAGAUCCAUAUAUGUUCAAAUUGCCACUCCAGACUCCUGGAUAUAAUGAUUCAAAUUUGCAACCCCAAUCCAGCUAUCUCUCUUUUGCUCCUCCAGAGCUAUCAUUUGGUAGGUAUCAGGCUGAUGAACAGGCAUGGGUAGAGACUAUUAAAUCUGUAGGAAUUGGAGGGACUGUUAGGAUUAGUACCAUGGACUGGCUUGGUCAGUCCCAAUAUUUAAAGCAAACAGUUUAUUGGGCAUCCCUCUCCUCUGCAAUAUCAGAGGUUGUCUUCUCGAAGAAGGCAACAGUGAAGAUAUUGGUAGCAUACUGGGCACAUUUUAUCAACAGCACAGAUCCGUACCUGAAAUCUCUCCUCUACUCUAAUGUUCUCUGCUCGUCAUCCAAGUAUAACCAUUGUGCUGGGAAAGUUGAGAUCAAGUACUAUAUAGUCCCAGGUUUCAACUUGACAGGACCUGCUGCCACUGCCAGUGGUACAGAUACUGGAAAUAUAUACCCCGGUUAUACCCGGGUCAAUCAUGGAAAGUAUGCAGUAAGCGAUGUUCGAGCUCACAUAGGGACAAGCAAUCUUAUUUGGGAUUACUUUUAUACAACGGCGGGUGUCAGCUUUGGAACAUACAAGCCUGCCAUUGUUUCUCAACUUCAAGAAGUCUUUGAUGCUGACUGGGAUUCUCCAUAUGCUGUGCCAGUUGAAGAGUUGGGGGAAGGUGGUAGUGCUUGUUCAAGCUGA